CGGACGCGUGCGUGCUCACAAGCUUCUUGUUGCUCAUAAUAGAAGUAAGGGUUCAGAAAGAAAGAGAGAGAGAGAGAGAGAGAGAGAGAAGAGAGAGAGAGAGAGAGAGAGAGAGAAUAAAGAUCCUCAGACAGAGAUUUACCAAAGAGUGUUUUGUUUUUUGCAGUUUCAGAUAGAUUGAUAGAGGGGCUUUUGAGAACUCUGAGAUUUGGAUUUCUUUAUGCAUUUGUAAAGGGAUAAUGGGGAGGAAAGGGAGCUGGUUUUCUGCCUUGAAAAGAGCUUUGAGUUCUGAGAGCAAGAAGAAAGAUAAGGCUGCACAUAAAUCUAAAUGGUUUGGGAAGGAGAAGACUGCAGAUUUGGGGUGUUCGAGAGCAGAAUCUGUGGCAGCAAUGCCCCCAAAUCAGCAGGAGAAAUUGAUGGAGGCUGAGAGUGAGCAGAACAAGCACGCCUACUCGGUGGCCAUUGCCACCGCGGUGGCUGCAGAGGCGGCGGUUGCCGCUGCUCAGGCCGCUGCAGAGGUCGUCCGCCUCACGGCUGCUGCCCAUAGCUCGGGUAAAUCGAAGGAAGAGAUUGCAGCUAUCAGAAUACAGACCGCCUUUCGCGGUUACUUGGCUAGGAGGGCAUUGAGGGCUCUAAAAGGACUAGUGAGGUUGAAAACAAUGCUUCAUGGGCAAUCCGUGAAGCGACAGGCCACCUCGACCUUAAAGUGUAUGCAAACGCUAGCUCGGGUGCAGUCCGAGGUUCGGGCGAGAAGACUAAGAAUGGUGGAGGAGAACCAAGCGCUGCAGAAACAGAAGCAAGAGAAGGAGGUUGAGAAAUUAGGAGUGUCUGAAUAUGGUGAGAAUUGGGAUGUUAGCACACAGUCUAAGGAGCAAAUUGAAGCAAAUCUGCAGAGCAAACACGACGCUGCUAAGCGAAGGGAAAGAGCAUUGGCUUAUGCCUACACACAUCAGACACUAAGGAACUCUUCGAAACCCUCACACCAAACAUUCAUGAACCCGAAUAAUCCCCAUUGGGGCUGGAGUUGGCUGGAGAGGUGGAUGGCUGCAAGGCCAUGGGAGAGCAAAACCGCAAUUGACAGAGAAGAAACUAAUGCCACUUCCUCUCGCCACGAUUUCCAGAUUGACAGUAGGCCUUCGCCAUCGCCAUCGCCACACAAGCACACCCGUCGUCCUAGCUUCCAAUCGCCCUCCACGCCAACCUCGAAGCCGAGAAGACUGAGGCCUCAGAGCCCGAGGGGGAGCUGCUAUGGGGAAGACGACUCGAGAAGCCUGACGAGCGCGCAGUCAGAGCGCUGCAGGAGGCACAGCAUCGCAGGAUCAUCAGUGAGAGACGACGAGAGCCUCGCCAGCUCUCCAGCCAUUCCCAGUUACAUGACCCCAACAGAAUCAGCAAAGGCGAGAUCGCGAAUGCCUAGCCCUUUGUCUGCAGAAAAGAACUAUGCCACGCCCACGCCCGAGAAGGCAGCAGCCGCCGUAGGAUCUGCAAAGAAGCGGCUGUCCUUCUCCGGAUCCCCUGGCGGCCCAAGGAGGCACUCCGGUCCACCAAAGAUAGACAUUAGCUUCAGUAAAUACCUCAAUGUGCAUUCCUAAUAAGGGUCAUCAGUUAAGAACUUGAAGAUCUGCAGAAACCAGCUGUUUUCUUCAACUGUUUCAUCUGCCAUCCUUAACAUAUACAAAGAUUAUAAGCCUAGGAGUUUUAAUGUCUGUUGUAUUGAGUGCCAUUUGUUUGUGGUUUAGUUUUUGGUGUCUCUAACUUCUUGUUUUCUCCCAUUUCUUUUUGUGCAUAUCACCAUGAAUAUCUGCAGAUGCAUGGAUUGUUUGUGACAGAAAUCUUGAUUUCCAGACUAAUGAGAAUUCUCUUUACCAUUGUUUUCCUUUGAUUA